CCCGAAGCUGUUGGUCCGGCCAACCUCAGCGCCUGCUCCGCCACUGCCCUCCCUCCUCGCUGUCCCCAGCUCCCACUGCCCCAGGCCCAAGCCUCCGCAGCCACCAGCCACGGGAAAAUGAGCGGGAGGCAGAGACUCCUGUUGGAGAACGCGCAGCAAGUGGUGCUGGUCUGCGCCCAGGGCGAGCCCUACCUGGUGGGGGAAGCGAUGCGGACCCUGGCAGUCCUAGAGAACGCCAGCCUGGUGGUAGGCGGAGAUGGUUGCAUAAAGGCCAUAGGUCCAGCUGAUGCCAUCAGAAGAGAAUUUUCUAAAAUAUCAUUUGAGGAAAGGAUUGACUGCUCUGGAAAAUGCGUUCUACCAGGUUUGGUGGAUGCCCAUACUCAUCCAGUGUGGGCUGGGGACCGAGUCCAUGAAUUUGCAAUGAAGUUGGCAGGUGCUACAUAUAUGGAUAUACAUCAGGCUGGAGGAGGGAUAAACUUCACUGUGGAGCAUACCCAGAAGGCUUCAGAAGAAGAGCUCUUCCGCACUUUUAGAUACCGGCUGCUUUGUAUGAUGAGGGCGGGGACAACCUUGGUCGAAUGCAAGAGUGGAUACGGCUUGGACCUGGAGACGGAGCUGAAGAUGCUGAGAGUCAUUGAAAGGGCUCGGAGGGAAAUGGACAUCAGCCUCUCCUCGACCUACUGCGGAGCUCACGCAGUGCCCAAAGGGAAAACCCCGACUGAAGCCACUGAUGACAUUGUCCACCACCACCUCCCUAAGCUGAAGGAACUUUGCCAACGUGGUGAAAUCCAUGUCGACAAUAUAGAUGUGUUCUGUGAGAAGGGGGUCUUUGACCUCCAUUCUACAAGAAGGAUUCUUCAGGGAGGAAAAGCUAUAGGGUUACAAAUGAACUUCCAUGGGGACGAGCUCCAUCCAAUGAAGGCUGCUGAGCUUGGAGCUGAACUGGGAGCCCUGGCAAUUAGCCACCUGGAAGAAGUUAGUGAUGCAGGUAUUGCUGCCAUGGCAACUGGAAAAUGUUCCGCUGUCCUUCUACCCACCACUGCCUACAUGCUGAGACUGAAGCAACCACAAGCAAGGAAGAUGAUAGAUGAAGGUGUAAUAGUUGCUCUUGGCAGUGAUUUCAAUCCUAAUGCAUAUUGUUUUUCCAUGUCAACAGUCAUGCAUUUGGCCUGUGUAAACAUGAGAAUGUCGAUGUCUGAGGCUUUAGUUGCUGCCACCAUUAAUGCCGCUUAUGCCCUGGGACGAUCUCACACCCAUGGAUCCCUGGAGGUGGGCAAGCAGGGAGAUGUCAUUAUCAUCAACUCACCCAGGUGGGAGCACUUGAUUUACCAGUUUGGAGGCUACCAAGAAUUAAUUGAAUAUGUUAUAGCUAAAGGAAAAGUCAUCUAUAAAAGGGACAGUGCCAGCCUAAAAGGACAUGAAGAAAAAAGAUAAGAAAAGCAAAACUGCAUAUACUAAUAGAGUUCAGUUUUAGCCAAUGUAAAGAUUUGCAGUUUUCUCAAAGCAGAUAAAUCACAUUUAAAUAAAAUCCAUUUUGAUUUCCUGGGUAAUUGAAUACAUUUGUAAGCAUUAGCAUGGGGCUCUGAAAUGAGUACUUGUUUUAGAGGCAGGGAACCUAAAUUUAAAUCCUGGCUCUGCCAAUUAUCGCGUCAGAGUAAUUCUCUUUCAUGAGUCUCAGUUUUCUUAUUUAUGAAAUGGGAGGCUCUAAUGUCCCUUCUGGCUCUUAAUGAUUCAAUGAUUCCUAAUGAUCCCAUGUAAUGAUUCCCAUUUAAUUGUGAUUUCCAUCCAUGAUUUCAUACACACACACAUAUACAUAUGUGUAUGUUCAUAUCUAUAUCUAUAUACAACUUUCUCUUUGGGGAACUUUGCUUCUCUGUUUGUUUGAUGUAAUAUUGCAUGUUGUAAUGACAAAUAGCUUUGAAAGACAAGAUCUAUGAUCAAUGAAAUGCCCACCUUCAAUUACAGAGGACCAAUGAUAGAGCAGCUCCUCAACUCCUAACCCAGAAGUGAUACAUUCAAGAUACAGAAGGAGAAAGACAUUUUUUGACCUGACCGAUAUGAAAAUUUGCUUUGCUUGACUAUGUGCAUGUUACAAGAAUUGUUUCUUAAUUGGAGAUGGGGACAGGGGAAGGAAAUAAAAUUAAUGCUUGUUAAUGGAAAAAUAAGAUAAAAUGGGGAAAAAAUGUAACUAACAUAUGAUAAUAUCAAGACCUUCAUGCUAUGGAUGUAUUUUUUAAACAAUCCUAAUAAAUUGAUUUGUGUGAAACGA